AAACACAAACCACGUCCUUCUGCAUCCCCCCCCGCCAUGCAGAACAACGCCCCCAGCAGCUUCCAGGGGUACCCCUUCCCCCCGCAGCAGUCAGACCUGUACACAUUCGCCCCGGUCAGCCAGCAGCAGCAGCAGCUCUACUACGCAGCACAGCCAGCCACCGACCAGCACGCCUCCGCAGACUCCUCCGAGAGCGCAGGGCCGUCGCAGAAGAAGACGCCCGCCGGGGCCAGGAAGCACGGCGUGAAGGAGGAGCCAGAGGAGCACGGCAAGGCGGAUGAGCCACGGAAGAAGCGCACGAAGAGGUCGGCCGGGAAGGCGUGCGUGUACUGCAGGCGAAGCCAUAUGGUGUGCGAAGGCGGCAGGCCGUGUGAGCGAUGUAUCAAGCGAGAAAUCCCCCAUCUCUGCCGUGACUGCACCCCGCCUCCCCAGAACCAGCAGUCUCCCCAUAAGCAAGAACCUCAGCAACAACAACAGACUCAGCAGCAACAGUCUCUUAAUCAGUCCCAAGUCUUGCCAUCCUCAGCCCAGCCGAUGCCAGUGUAUACCGACUCCAACUUUGUCCCUAGCUGGCCAUUACUUCCCGAUGCUGGCGCAGCUCAAAUCCCGUUCAGCGAUGCUCCUUCAGAACAGAUUCAAAACCCAGGGGAUGCGGGUAUCAUGGGUCCGCCGCCAUUGGGAUCGUCUAGAGAGGACGGGGAGCUGGCUGCUUUGAGCAAAUUCAUGAAAGACUUGGGCGUCCCUAAUCUUCCCAAUGAUUUCCUCUCCUUCAUGAACCAGCUGGACAAGCCAGACGCUAGCAACAGUUUAUCCAUUGCGAGUUCUUCCGACGCGAAUCUCUUUUCUUCGUCUGGGGCGCCAUACGGUGUUGGGUUAAACAAGGGCAAAGGCAAACUCAACCAAAUGUCCAGAAUCGACAAAUACCUCAUGGCGGCUGCUGAUCAGCCAAACGGUACCCGUGCCUCUCGUCUUGCACAAGUCAUCAAGGCCAAGUACGAUGCCGGUCUUCUCAAGCCUUACGACUAUGCCAAGGGAUACGAACGUAUGAACAAGUGGAUGGAGUCUGGACGGGCGGCACCCAGGAUGGACAGUCGUGCCGGGUCCGAGAUACCGGACGAAAGCCCGCAGAGGUCUACGGCCGCAAUGAGGAACGGUAGAUUGUCUGUUGCUCCUUUGGCGCCCAAUACACCUGCAUUCGGGAAGAGCAUCUCACCUGAAUCUCGCCGACGAAUCCUUGCUGCUCUUGCUGGCUUCAGACCAAAGUUUAGGCAAAUCGCAAAGACAUUGACCAAUGUCGACUUGGUAUUUGUAGAAGAAGCUAUGGAGCGAUGGAUGCUCGAGUAUGACAGGGCUUUUGCUUCUAUCCAUACCCCUUCAUGUAUCUGGCGACGAACGGGAGAAAUUCAAAAAGCCAACCAAGAGUUUUCCAACCUGACCGGUAUUCCCGCAUACAUGUUCCGUGAUGGCCAACUUUGUGUUUACGAACUCAUGGAUGAAGACAGUGCGGUAAGAUAUUGGGAAGGAUACGCGAAAAUCGCGUUCGACCCUAGCCAAAGAGCAAUGUCUAUAUUCUGUACUCUCCACAUUCCCCUUUCCCUUACUCGCCACCCACCGCGUCACCUCACCAACGCCAAUUCCAACCACAUUUCCAAAUCAGCCACUUCCGGGCCCCCACAAGCACCCUACACGCCCGACCUUGCGUUGCCCCACCAAAACAUGCUGUUCAACGACGGUGCAAGCUCGGAUGCGGGCACAGCCAUCGGGGAAGAGUAUAGGGAGAUGAAAUGUGCGUUUAGCGUGACGAUCAGGAGAGAUGCAUGGGGUGUACCGGUCGCGAUUAUGGGACAGUGGAUUCCCAUCCAAUAGAUUCUUUCAACUCUAGCACUUUGCACAUCUUGCAGAAUUAUUAUUUUUUUCUCGGGCUUUUCUCAGGCUUCAUUCAUAUUGCAUCCAUCACUCAACACUUAAUCAAAGCAUAUCAAUCGUGUCUAAUGAUGUAGCGACCAAAUGUAUAUAGAUGCAUGGUAAUAAAUUGAUUUUUCUCUUCUCAUGAGAGGGGAUGCAAAUGCAACAAAAAAGACUGGCUACAAACUUUCUAUGCUAGAUGACUUGUUAAGCUGGAAACUGCGUUAUUUAUGUAUGAAUAUAAUUUCAAC